AUGUCUCAUUAUUAUCGAUCCAUCACGUCGCCUCGACACGAUGGACGAGAUCUAUUACAUCGCGUCUAUCGCAAUUCUACAUACGUCCCAUUUGCCGAUAAAGACGAUAUACUCCAUCAGAUCCGUGGACGCAAAGAGGAAUACCACCGGUAUAAAGCCGCUCUCUCAGCAUGGUGCGAUGCAAAGUCCUUUACCAUCAACGGCGGAAAUUACAACUUUGUUCUCAAGAAAGACAUGUCACAUAGAGACAAGCUAUUCGACAUGAUUCCUUGCUACAACAAGUCCGUCAUGCUGUAUAUCCUGGAUCCGAACCGGGAGGCUAACUGUUACUGCGACGGGAUCUUGAAGUUUCUGGACAUCUGGAUGUACCGACAAUGGUUCGAACCCUACAAAUCCGAUAUCGAUUUCGAACGCUAUAUUGCCAGGACUACCUUGCUUCGGUGGAAGAAAGAUGCCCAGAAACCUAGCCUCGAGGAGAUCAACAAAUUCCACAAAGGUCUAUGUCACGAUUUGACCGAUGGAAUGUUGAGAGAUAUGCCAUCUGAAUCAGUUGACUAUUUGAAGAAACGCCAUUUGGACACACAAAACGGCACAUUUGAAACCGAGGAAGAUAUAAUCGCCACAUUCAAAGAUGUUUAUGUCGUGCAACCUACCUUCCGGUCUUUCUUUAUUGUUAUGCAACACACCCAGGGCUUCAAGGAAGGACCUUUCAGAGCUGGUGAUGUGGGCGAUAUCCCCGUUUAUCUUGUCUGCACAGAAUGCCACAACGAAUUCCACGACAGAGAAACCUAUUCCGAUAUUAUGGGUCCUUGCUGUAGCAUUCAUACCACGCUGAAAGCAGCAAUACGAUUCAUCAUGAACCUCGAAAGGAAGCAGCCGGCGGCUAAGAAGACGUUACCAUGCCGUCUCAAGUAUCGCGCUAUUAGAGAGUAUGAAACUAUCGAUAUCGAGAAGGAAGCUGAGGCCAUGGGAUGGAAGACGGAAUGGCAUGGAAAGUUUCCCCUGGAUCAGCCGUGUUCCACAUGGGUAGACCGGAACAAGUACACUGAAUGGACGGGCGCUGGAGCUGUAAAGCAUGCUUCAAAAGUGGUUUGCGCAAUCAAGUACUUGGGCACGACUAGGCGCAAGGUUCCACUAGAUCACUGGUGGUGGUAUGAUUCGUCUGAUAUCCGUCCCACAGUCACGCUAGACAUGUUCGCGAUUCGCCUGGCUUGUUUGCUCUUUUUGUACUGUAUUUGCGUUAGCUACUUAUUCGGCAGUUUGUAG